GAUGGGCGGAGUCGGCUCGGCACGGAACAUCCUGAAUGAUGUGUUCGAUUGACGCAAACUACGGAUAAACGGAGCAACAACAACAUCGUACAAGAAUGGGACGUGGUGCAGUCGGAUUUGUCUUCACUCACCACCGCCGAUUAUUUUUCAGCGUUCUAUCCCGGGGCGAAUAGCUUUUCCCCGGAGAGGCUAACGACUAGCUCGGCGGCGCCGGCGGCGUGCGGGCGGUUGAGCUAGCGUCGGAGCUAGGCUAGGCUAGGCUAAGCUAAACAGUUGCUUUUCAGUUUCUAGCGAUUCCACGGAGCUCCCCGUCACCAGCGCUCCCCGGAGACAAUGGUGUACUUGUUGAACCCUCUGGAAAACCUGAGAAGCUACAUCAACAACCGCCCGCCACUGGUCAUUUUUAUGAUCAGCGUCAGCGCAGUGGCCAUAGCUUUCCUCACCGUUGGCUACUUCUUCAAAAUCAAGGAGAUCAAGUCCCCAGAGUUGACGGAGGACUGGAACACGUUCCUGCUGCGCUACAACGAGCUGGACUUCUGCGUGUCGGAGAAUGAGACCAUCAAGCACGGUCUCAACGAGUCAACCACGCCCGAGAGCCUCGCGGCAACCAGCGGGCAGGCACGGCCCAGCACGCCGGUGCCGCUGCUCUCCGAGGACUCUGGCUUUGUCAAUUUCUCGGUGCCCAUCACGCUCACCUUGGACCCCCAGAGGCCCUUCGGCGGCUACUCGCGCAACAUCACCCACCUGUAUGCCACCGUCCUGGGACAGCAGGUCGGCCUGUCUGGCCGAGAAUCCCACGAAGAGAUCAACAUCACGUUCACUCUGCCCGUGUCCUGGAACGCCGACGACUGCAUUCUCCACGGCCAUUGCGAGCAGGUUGUGUUCAGCACGUGCAUGACCAUCACGGCGGCCAGUAACAUCUUUCCGGUCACUGUGCGUCCUCCACACUGCAUGCCCGAGACGUACACCAAUGCCACCUCCUGGUACAAGGUGUUCACCACUGUGCGGGACUCGGACACCAAGUACAGUCAGGACUACAACCCCUUCUGGUGCUACAAGGGCGCCGUGGGCAAGGUGUACCACGCUCUGAGCCCCAAACUCACCGUCAUUGUGCCCGACGAUGACCGCUCCCUCAUCAACCUGCACCUGAUGCACACCAGCUACUUUCUGUUCGUUAUGGUCAUCACCAUGUUCUGCUAUGCCGUCAUCAAGGGCAGGCCUGUAAAACUACGGCAAAGCAGCCCCGAUUUCUUCCCUGAGAAGGUGGCACUGUCAGAAAGCUAAAAGGGUGCGAGAAGAUACGUUAAGGUAAUGUGACAACUCGAAAAAUAAAAACCAAUUGGGGAAAAAAAAUUGAAAAACACCAAUUGAUGACUCACCGUGUUGCCAGGCGGACUCUCGAGGAUGAUUUCGAAACUCCUUGCAAUGAUGUUGGGACGGUCCAACCAAAGAAACAAGUGCCUGUCAUCUGUGGUGUAAAUAAGACCUUGAGGAACCUUUUAUUUUCCUGUGUGUGUGUGUGUGUGUGUGAGAAAGAGAGUGUGUUUGUUAUUUUUGAAUUGCCUCAGAAGUCGUCCGGUGCCAUGUCAGGACAGUGCAGUACAAUGAGCAAGCGGCAUGCCACUUCAAAAAUGUAUUUGUCCGAAUCACACACUUAAAUCCGCAAAGGUAAAAAAUAAAAUAGAAAAGACACAUCUAAACAGGAUGUGACGGAGCACUUUUCCCAAGACGAGGUGUAUUUCUGAAGCCACGGCCUGAUUGUUGCCGUCUGAUUCAUAUUUCGGCAGUUAGCGUGCUAUCGCUACGUGGUCAUAGCCAGUUUUAGCAAGUUCAAGAAAUGGGCCACAGUUUUAGUUGUUUGAUUAGUAAUGACUAAGCCAGACUUUUUGCCGCCACUCCCCGCCCCGCACCAGAUCAGACCAAGUAGCAAAAGUUUAGUCACUCUUUGAUGAGGUCGUACAGGAAUGCGAAAGUGGCGGGAAAUUUCAUCACGGCAUUAAUGCUACAAGAAGAAUAUCAACCGUCAGAGCCACAGCUAAAUUGUUAGCAUCCCUUUGGAAUAAGUUCUAACGCGGUAACGACGUCAAUUUUUUUUUCACGUAGCCUUAUAAUACUACAUCGAAUGGAAACCCUGGCAAAGCAUCCCCCUGUUUGCGGGUGAAUUCUUGACAUAUUAAUGAAUUCAUCCACCGCAAAGUAACGCGCUCGCCAACAAACUUGAAUGUUCAUUUGUGACGUCUUGCAUCAGCCAUGAACCAGGAAGUAGCUUGCUCACAAACGGUAACGCCUUAACCCAAAUUUUUUACAUCCUUGCUUGGCCGCGAACUCUGAAGUAGCACGCUAACUGAUAAAAACGAUACCAGAUGAAUGCACGUUUGUGACAUUGCCAUGAAUACUGAUGAAGAUUUAAGUAGCAUUUGAUGACUUGGACGUUGCAUUUUCUUGGCCGUCUGAAUCAUUAGUUUGCAUUUUACUUUCUGAGUAAUCAUACAAAUGUGUGAAUGGUGUUUAUUUUACGGUAACGGUCAAGUAGCAGGCUUGCCUACAAGCAAGUUGAGAAAAAAAAAACUAUUUUUUGCGUUAGCUGCGAACCAGGAAGUCGACUUGGCGUUUGUCAGUAUGCUUGCUAUUUUCUGCUUUAUGGCUCCUGUCACAACUUGGGAAUGCGACGAGCACUUUUCAAGAAAUUGCUUCAAUCUGCAAGGAAAAAUUGCUUGCCCGCGCUUAGCUGAAAUUGGCAGCGUCACCAUGUUUUUGGCCGUCUGUUCGUUGGGAGGCUACUUCCUUGUCAAUGGCCGAAUCAGCAAUGUGUUGCAGAACCUCUUCCAUAGCCCGGGUUGGCUAUUAUU